AUGCCCCCUUUCGGACUCAUCUACACCUUCACGCGCGUGCCCAAUCCACGCCUCAUGAAGAUCCAAGCCACCGCCAAUCUCAACCAGCUCGAGCUCACCCUAACCCCCAACUUCACCAUGCGCAAAGACAACAAGUCUCCCGAAUUUCUCGCCGACUUUCCCAUGGGCAAAGUCCCUACCUUCCGCGGCGCCGAUGGUCUUUUACUCUUCGAAUCCGACGCCAUCACGCGAUACAUCGCCGAGAACGGCCCCGCUAGCGCCCAGCUGCUGGGACGCACACCGAGUCAACGAUCCCUCAUCCACCAGUGGAUCUGCUUCGCCAACAACGAGAUCAUCGAGGCGGUGUUGUUUUGCGUGUUAUGGCGCAUGGGACGGCGGGAGUACAACGAGGCGUUCGAGAAGGUAUCGCUCGAACGGUUAGAGCGGGGAUUGAAUUGUCUGGAGGGGUACCUCCAAGGGAAGGGACAGGGGCAGAGAUGGAUGGUAUCAGACGAUGAGCUCAGUUUGGCAGAUAUUUCCCUCGCCUCAGCGCUGUAUUGGCCGUUUGCGUUUGUGGUGGACCGGGACAUGCGGAGGCGAUAUCCGGGGAUCGUGAGCUGGUAUUUGCGGACGAUUGGGAGUGAGGGGGUGAGGCAGGCUUUUGGGGAGAAGAACUUUGUUGAGAAAAGGAAGGUGCACGGUGAUGAGGUUGACGGGAUGGGGAGUUUGUAG